AUGGACGAGGAUGCAAACAGCGAUAACGCGCAGCAGCAGCAGCAGCAGCAGCAGCAGCAGCAGCAGCAGCAGUCCAAAAGUCUUCUUUGCAGCCACGGCAGCAGCAGCAGCAGCAGCAAGAGCGGCAGCAGCAGUUCAGAAGUCUCUUUUGCAGCAACAGCAGCAGCAACAGCAGCGACAGCAGCAGCAGCACCACGCCUUCGGGUCAAAAGGCUGCAGAAAGUCUCGCGGCCGGAAGUGCAGCAAAAAGGCCAGCGCCUCCCGCAGCAGCUGCAGCAGCAGCAGCAGCAGCAGCAGCAGCAGCAGCAGCAACAGCAGCAGCAGCAGCAGCAGCAGUGA